GACCGCAAGGACGGGUAUUGCGGAGUGGCCUAUCGUGUGACGGAGCCUGGAGAGUACCUGUGCUCCAUUCGUUUCAACGAUGAACACGUCCCUGGCUCUCCAUUCAGAGUGAACAUCAACGAGUCAAUUGAACGCACCUUCUAUGCAUCCGAUGUUAGACAACUCAGUGUUGCUGCCGUGCAAGACCGAGGACUUCAGAUAUGUGUCUACACUGGUAACUAG